AUGGCACCCCAACACCCAAUCCUUGACAGCCACAUUCACCUCUGGCCUGCAUCUGCUGCAGAUGCAAAAGGCCACGCAUGGAUGAAUGACCCUGAUUUUAUUCUCUCAAAGCAGCAUAUCCUUUCCGACUACACAACCACAUCGUCUCCUUGUCCACCCACUGGCGUGGUCUACGUAGAGACGGACCGCCGACUACAAGAACCUUCUUCAUCACCUCUAGAGACUUGGGCUGCAGAACCCAUCAAGGAACUGCAAUUUCUACGCAGCAUCGUCGAGGGUGAAUAUGGCGCUGAAGCCUCGAAUCUGCUCCAAGGCAUUGUGACAUGGGCACCUGUGAAUCAAGGACCGGCUGUGUUUUCUCAAUGGCUAGACGUAGCUGAAAAGACUACUGGACCAGAAACCUGGAAGCGCGUCAAAGGCUUUCGAUUCUUGCUGCAAGCCAUCACCAAUAAAUCUGAAUUUGAGAACCUGGUUUUGAGUGAUGACUUUAUCUCCAUCUUGAAGUCAUUCUCUCGACGAGACAAANAGUUUACCUUCGAUGUGGGAAUCGACCAACGCAGUGGUGGCACCUGGCAAUUGGAGACCUUCGCCAAAGUCUUGAAGAAACUGUACGACAACGUCCCGGAAGACGAGAGAACAGUGAUAGUCAUGAAGUAUACGUCUAAGUCCUCUGACUCCUUUUCACGAUGGAAACACUGCAUUCAAACCUUCGCUUCCUACCCUCACGUCUACAUGAAACUUUCUGGCGCCUUUUCGGAACUCAGCAACAAUGCCUCUCCGGUUGACACAGCAGAUCCCAAGGAAAUAGCAACCAGGAUCCAACCAUGGACAAACGUUGUCUUUGAUGCAUUCGGUCCGCAAAGAGUCAUGUUCGGAAGUGACUGGCCA